AUGGGAGGGACCCUACCUGACAAGGGACCCUACCUGGCAAGCCCCACCACCAUCAAGGUUGAUGGCAUCCCAGCUAGAAUCCAUACAUCCCACAUCAAAGCGGCCCCUCCUGCAACCCAAGAUGACUGCUGGAACCUGGAAAAGACUGGUGAUCCUCUUAAGCUGCGUUUAUGUCCCCUGCUCACCACAGAACACAAAUCCCUAUGUUCCUCAAGCGUUAACCUGGCAGGAGAAGCAGAAGUAGAGGCCAUCUUAGAGGGAGCCUUCCUGGAGAUGGAGAAGCUAGACCUGAAUGCCUCAAAGGAGCAAGGUGCCUGCCACUUCUCAGAGAGGUACAAGCAAGUCUACCUGUCCAUAACCUAUAGCAUCAUCUUCAUCCUAGGCCUGGUCCUCAACGGGGCUGUCUUAUGGCUCUCCUUCUGCCAAACCAAGCCCUGGAGCUGUGCCACCAUCUAUCUGAUGAACCUGAUGGUGGCUGACCUGCUUUAUGUGAUGAGCCUACCUUUCCUUGUCAUCACCUAUUCGGUGGGUGACACCUGGGUCUUUGGGGAGAUGCUAUGCAGGCUGGUGCGUUUCCUAUUCUAUACCAACCUCUACAGCAGCACCCUGCUUCUGACCUGCAUCUCUGUGCACCGCUUUCUAGGUGUGUGCCGCCCCCUGAGCUCACUGUCCUACCGGACUCACCGGCACACCUGGCAAGCAGCUGCUGCCACCUGGACCCUGGUAGUCCUCCAGCUGCUGCCCACACUAGUCUUCUCCCACACAGGCUAUGUAAAUGGCCAGGUGAUCUGCUAUGACACAGCCAGCCCGGAGAAUUUUGGUUAUUUCUUUGCCUACAGUAUGGUUCUGAUGGUGUCUGGUUUUGUCUUUCCCUCCUUGAUCAUUCUGGUGUGCUAUGCUCUGAUGGUCAGGAGCCUGGCAUAUCCAGUAGAGGCGCUCUCAAAGACAGGUCACACAGCCCGUGCCAAGUCCGUUCGGACCAUCCUGCUGGUGUGUAGCCUCUUCACCCUCUGUUUUGUGCCCUUCCACAUUGCCCGAUCCUUCUACCUGGUCAUCCGCUUCUGGAACUCACAGGACUGCCAACUCUUGUCAGCAGCCAGCAUGGCCUACAAGAUCUGUAGACCCCUGGUCAGCAUGAGCAGCUGCCUCAAUCCCAUCCUGUACUUCCUGUCACAGAGCAACAACAGGGUCCAGCUCCUCCAGAAGCUGAGACAGAACAAGGUUCCCACAGGAGAGGGACCUCGUCUUACUGCUGACCCCCAACACCAGUCUUUACAGUAG